UAGUGCACUGCCUGUCACAACACUCAUACACACAAACACACACCCUGGAGGAGCAGAACCGAGUCCGUUUACCGGGGGACGAAUGGCAUGUUUUUACUCGCGAGGCGACGCCAGCUGACAGCGACCCGGUUUCAGCCCCGGUAGAAGAGAGAGUGGGUGCGUGUGUCUGAGAACGUGAGUCCCGGUUGAUUGGCAUCGAGAUUAGAUUCUAGAUCGCCAUGGCUGCCGACACCACCGCAGCCCCUCGCGCCCAGGCCCGUAAACCGGAGUUGCUGAGCCAGAUCGAGACACCGCAGGAGCUCGCGACCGCCGCCGUCAUCAUCCCGAAGGAGGACGGAGUCAUCAGCGUGUCUGACGACAGGGCCAUCCGUGUGUGGUUGAAGAGGGACAGUGGUCAGUAUUGGCCCAGCGUUUACCACAGCAUGCCAGUGGCGUGUUCGUGUAUGUCCUUUAAUCCUGAGACGCGUCGUCUGUCGGUUGGGAUGGACAACGGCGUCGUACUGGACUUCAUCCUGUCAGAGGACUACAACAAGAUGACUCCUGCACACACAUACCAAGCCCAUACCUGUAAGGUGACUGCUGUGUUGUUCGUGCUGGAGAUGGAGUGGAUUCUCUCGGCUGCUCAGGACCGCUCUCUGUGUUGGCACUGCACUGAACGAGGACACCUGCUGGGCACACACAGAACUGCAGCCUACAUCACCGGAUUACAAUUCGACGUGGAGACGCGUCACGUGUUUGUGGGCGAGCAGUCGGGUCAGGUGACAAUCCUCAAACUUGACGCCGACGCCUGCACGCUCGUCACGACGUUUAAAGGACACACAGGGAGUGUGUCGGCGUUGUGUUGGGACUCGUUGGCGCGCGUCCUGUUCUCCGGAAGUUCCGAUCGCUCCAUCAUCAUGUGGGACAUCGGGGGGCGAAAGGGGACGGCCAUCGAACUACAGGGACACAGUGAUCGUGUGCAGGGCUUGUGUUAUGCUCCACACACACGUCAGCUGAUCUCUUGUGGAUCCGACGGAGGAAUCGUCAUCUGGGACAUGGAGGUGGACAGACAAGAGACUCCUGAGUGGCUGGAUAGUGACUCGUGUCAGGUGUGUGAGCAGCCGUUCUUCUGGAACUUCAAGCAGAUGUGGGACACCAAGAAGAUCGGACUCCGACAGCAUCACUGCAGGCGUUGUGGUAAAGCGGUGUGUGGUAAAUGUUCGUCUCGGCGUUCUACGAUUCCUCUGAUGGGAUUCGAGUUUCCAGUGAGAGUGUGUGACGCCUGUCACGAGAACAUCACCGAACAAGAGCGAGCUCCCACAGCUACGUUCCAUGAGAGUAAACACAGUGUCGUCCACAUGCACUACGAACCCACACGCAGCUGGCUGCUCACAUGCGGAACAGACCGCACCAUCAAGCUGUGGGACAUGAGUCCUGUGGUUUCGUGAGUGUGUGUGUGUUCUGGCAGAGCAUCGCUGGUUACCAAGGGAACAGGGAUCAAUCAACACUGGUUACCAAGGGAACAGG